AUGGACGACUCGAUCGAAGCCGGAAUUCGAGAGAUAAUCGUCCUGCUGAAUGCCUUCAAGGAUCGGCUGGACGAGGAGGAUCGCGACUCUGACUUGCAAGCGGAUUGGAAGUUCAUGGCAAUGGUUAUCGACCGGCUAUCACUGUUCCUCUUCACCGUUCUCAUCAUCGCCACCACCUCCCUUAUAUUCCUGUCGACUCCGCGACUCUUUGUCAAAUCUCCAGUCUAUUAG